GAAAACUAUUGAUCGCAGACAGCUCUGGUCAUUUUAUGACGUCACGAUGGUCGAAAUCGACCCGAUUUUCUCGCUCAGCAAAGCCAACUACCACUUUUGCAGAUCGAAAUCUGAGGUCCUUUGUGCCGGGAAGUUAGCAGUGCGGUUUUUCCCUUAAAUCCCCAGGGAAUUUACAAUUUUUGUGUUAUGGAUUAGAUUGCAUUGUUUUAAACAAUGGAUGUUGAUUUGUUGCCUAGUAACAUCGCGAAGAAAGGUUAGCGAAACGGCUCGAGGCAACGAGAAUCAUGUGAUACGAAUCCGUCCUUUUUAAUCAUUUACGUAUUGCUCAGAUCUGCUCAAAAUGACUUUGGAAGUUUGUAAAAACAUGGAAAGUAUAGAAAAUUGUGAUAUUCAGUUCAGUUUUCAAGCGAUCGAACCCGAUCGAGAAACGGUAAUCGCGACGGAGAAUCUCCGGAAUAUAAACAAGGCUUUAUUGUACGAUUCGAACAACGAGGAUAAUGAUAAUUUGAACACGAUCGUUAAUACGGUCCCGGACAUCGGUUAUAUACCGACGGAGGUGGAAAACUGCGUGGAAAUCGAGUCGACGAACGUUAUGAAUUUACCCGAAAACCAAAUAGUAGAAAUCCAAUUCCGAAACGAAUUUAUAGUUAAUAAUAAUUUAUUAGAUAAUAGCGAAAUCAAAUCGACGUUCAUCGAUCUCAAAGAUGGAGUUUACGAAGAAAUAAUCCCGUAUACGAUAUACGAGGAUUCGGUUAAAACAAAUACGGAAAUUUUCGAAAUAGUACAACAAGUGGAUGAGCCGAGAGAAAAUCGAAAUGACGAUAACGCCGCGCAAAAUAUCGUAAAUAUUCCGAUGUUGAGUCCUCAAAGCGAAAACGACGAACAAACCGAAACGGAUUUGACCAGUUUAAACUGGUUACAUAACAUCACUAAUAUAAUGUCGAUGCCGAAUAUUCCGACGCCCCCCGUAUCUCCCACUCCCAAACCGAAAAGGAAAUCGAAUAAUACGCAAGAAGAUUUAACGAUUAAUAUUAAUUAUUAUAAGAAAAACGGUGAGAAGAAACCGCCGUUUUCGUACGCUACUCUGAUAUGUAUGGCGAUGGGAAAAAACGGGAACAAAAUGACUUUAUCGGCCAUUUACCAUUGGAUUAGAGAGAAUUUUUUGUAUUAUAGGAAAGCGCAUCCCAGUUGGCAGAAUUCAAUACGACACAAUUUAUCUUUAAAUAAAUGUUUCGUGAAACAUCCUCGAUCUAAAGAUCAACCAGGUAAAGGAGGCUUUUGGAAAUUGGAUUUAGAAAGAUUAGAAGAGUCUAGGAGAUCGAAAAGAAGAUCAAGUCUAACGGUGAGGGCACCGAGAAAUCGACAUCCCGAUCAAAAAGCACAGAAACCUUCAAGAAAAACUAAAAGGUAUCGUUCAAAUCAAAAUACGGGUGAAAGAAAACACAAUAUUCUCUCCAACAUAUCAAUAUGUGGCGAUACCGAUAUCGAGAAUUUCGAUGAAAUUAAGAAAAAAGAGAAUAAGUUCGAUAAGAAAUCACAAAGAGACGCCGGUUUCCUAGCUUCGGAAUCCGAAGAAGAAGCAACGAAAGAAGACAACACAACAAGAGAUUUUGUACCCAGUUCGAUGCCAAAUCAAUCUGUCGUGACUGAACCUGUCAAUCAAAUGUUAGCUGAAGACGAAUUGACUGGACUAUUGUUAGCUACAAACGGUUGGGAUGAAUGUCAAUUAGAAUUAUUAGAUUCCCUUUUAGAUUCGCUAUAAUAUCUUUAUUUUAUAAAAUUUUUUUCUAUGAAUAUUUUUAGGCAGAGCAUAAAAUCAAAAUUUUCAAUGAUACUACCAAAAAUUUUUAAUUUUGUAUCGAAAAAAAUUAAAGCUCAAAUGUAUUUAUAAUAAGCAAACUACUAAAAAUUAUUAUAUACUGUCAAUAUAUACUGAUACACUCUGUAUAAUAUUGAUGCGAGUUAUUAAUUAUUAUUUGUCUUUGCUCAAACAUUUUAAGCUCAAAUUUUGGCUCAAAAAACUACUACUUAUAUAGACUAUUGUUGUACUUGA